AUGUACCACCUCGCCAAGGGCCUCUACCGGCUGGCAACAAGCAAGGAGGAAUACUCCGUCCUCCUCCUCGGCCUCGACAACGCCGGCAAAACCACGUUCCACGAGCAGGUCAAGUCCAUCUUCUCGCCGGACAAGCCCGAGCCGCGGCUCAAGACGGUGCCCACGGUCGGGCAAAACGUCUCGACCAUCGUCCUACCAGACAUGUACCUGAAGCUGUGGGAUGUGGGGGGCCAACUGUCGCUGCGCAAGCUCUGGCAGAGCUACUACGCGUCGUGCCACGCCAUCGUCUUCAUCAUUGACAGCACCGACAUUGGCGACGGCAGCCUCGACCACGAAGACAGCUCCGGCCGCCUGGAGGAGUGCCGGCUCGUGCUGGAGGACGUGCUGCAGAACUCGGAAACCGAAGGCGUGCCGCUCCUGAUCCUGGCCAACAAGCAGGACCGCGAGGACUGCGUUGAGGUGGUGCGCAUCAAAGAGGGGCUGGUGAAGAGGGUGUUCGAAGGCGAAAAGUCCGGGGGAAUCCGGGAUUCGAGGGUGCUGCCUGUUUCCGCGCUGACGGGGACCGGAGUGCAGGAGGCGAUCGACUGGGUCCGGUCAAGGGUCAAGUGGAAUAAGGAGAGUCGCCCCCCGGUCAUGAGGUGA